UGUAGGACCACAGAAAAAGAAAGCACAGCUUUGUUCAACUCUGCUAAGUUUUAGAGUCAGCAGAUCUUUUUGUCCUCCUUCACCUGAAAAGAUGAAAACAUUGCUGCUACUGGAUAUAAUACUUUACGGCAUCCUGUUUCCAAACACCUGGGCCUGGUCAGUACACAUGCCUCACAGUGUUUAUGGCCUAGACAAAUCUUGUCUUGUUAUCCAAUGUACAUUCUCCUAUUCAUCCUAUCCACCUCAAGAUCCUUACCGGAUAGUAUGGUAUCAGUAUGUUAGCAGUGGAUAUCCUCUGGUAUUUGACAAUCGAAGCCCUAAUUCAGUGAUUGAAAGGUACAGAGGAAGAACCAGCUUAUAUAAUAGGACAUAUAGGGACUGUAGUCUACUGAUCGAGAACCUUAGUCCUUCCCACCAUGGAGACAGAAUAUAUACUUGGAUUGACCCUGAAAAUGUUGGAUGGAGAACUUACAAAUUCUAUGAUGUCACUACACUAAUUCAUGUUCAGUCAUCUGCACCAAAGCCCAGUGUUGCCACGUCUGGCGGAUGUAAAAUUGGGGAAAGCAUCACAGUGAGGUGCAAAACAUAUCACACCUGCCCUACCAACCCCCCUUUUCUAAGUCUGAGUGGGAUAGAAAAAAAUAUUGGAACAGAAGACAAAUUGGAAAAGCGACCCCUUGAUGACGGCAAGUGGGAAAUCACACUAAUACGUGAAGGGGUUGUUGAGUCUGAAACACAGGAGAUUGAAUGUUCUGUUACACACAGUGGUGGCCUCUCUGCAUCCACUAACAAAACACAUAAUGCAAAGUGUGACUUUCAAAAACCUGUAAUAAGUCCAACCCAUGAUCUGGCUAUAGAAGGGAUUGAGAAAAGCUUCACUUGUACUGUGAACCACACAUGUAAAAAGCAGAAGCCAAACAUAAUAUGGAAUUACAGGAACAUGCCAGUUUCUGUUGAAACACAAAAGGGUUCCAACCACAGUUGUGAAACAAUUUCCACUUUAAAACUAAAAGCAUCCCAGGAUGACCACGGAAAGAUUUUAACAUGCACAUCUCAAACUACAGAUGGAGAGAUGUCAGAGCAUAUUACUUUAAAAGUCAAAAAGGAGGAGAAUUUCUUCUACGUCAUUAUUCCUGUAGCUGCUGUACUCGGGACCAUCAGUUUAUUUGGAGCAGCAUGUUAUUUUGUGAUCAAGAAAUACAAGAUACAGAUCCAAGAGCUUGAAUCUAGAAGUCCAAAUCGGGUAUUGAGUCGUCUCUCCAGAAUGUCUCGCAGGUAA